AUCAGCCUCAGCUUCCCUCUCUUCGUUCAUCUUUGAAUUGCUUCUGCAGUUGCCGUUUCUUUGCAAUUUCACUUGUCGUUCUCUGCAAUUCAAUUCGUCGUGGUACAUAUUAUCUCGCUUGAUUCUGAUUCUGUGAACGGAGGGAUGAUCAGGCUCUGGGAAAGCUGAAUUUCAGGUUUGAGAAGUGGAGCAACUCCUAAGAUGAGGAAAUUUGGGACCAUUCAGGCGCACAGAGAGAACAUAAAUCCCUUAUCCUUGGAAUCUAAGAAAGCUGAAGUUCACCAGGAGUCUGUUGCUUUCAAGAAAAGGAAAAUUACUGGCCAUUCUCUUAAAGCUCGAUAUAAAAGAUUAGGGGAAGGGAAUACUGUAACAGAGACCUUAAGUGCUAAGGAUGAAAAUUAUGGUCUUGUGGGGUCUUGCAUUAGGUCUUCUAAGAAAAUGAGGACUACUUGUAAUUCACAAGAAAAGGAGAUAUGCUCGUGUAAUGCUGCCGUAAAAACUGAACCUGAUGUCUCCUCUGUGGACAAGGAAAAAGGUAUCCAGAGGGAAAUAGAUGCUCUCAUAAAGCAGAUACAGAAAAAGUGUGACAAACGAAUACAGAAACUUGACCGAAAACAACAGAGAGAAUCUCAAGAGUUUCACCAGUUUUGGGAGGAGGCGAAGUUGAGCAUGGAGAGAGAUCACAAACUGGAGGCGGAUAUGAUCAGAUAUAUAUAUGGUGAAGGUCCAACUAGAGUGGUAAAGCUUAAGUUGUUGGACAGUGAUUACAGAAAAAAAAUGGAGGAGCACAAUCUAAAGAAAGAAGCAGAACUUAAAGAUCUUGAGAGUAGGCAACUAGCUGCUAGGAACCUUUUGAGCGAUCAGGUUGCUCGUUGGCUGGCUGAAGCAAAAUCCACUGGUAAUAGUGAACAAACAUCGCAAUCAGAUACGGACAGAUGUGGAUUUGUGAACCUGACAUCUUCUGAUGGAAGCCCUUGUGAUGAAAUCCAAGCAGUUGAGCUGAACCGGGAAGUUCCAGCUAAGGGCUCUGAAGAUCAAGUCCAAGUAAGUUUGGUGUCUAACGAUCCGGAAGACACAGACACACGUGGGCCAGAAGAUCAAAUGCUCGAGAGUUCGGUAUCUGCUACGCUAGUACAGGAAUGUCAAGCUUCUGCGCCGAUAGAGGUUUUGAGUUCGGAAAUAAUUAGCACCGUCCAGUCUCCUUCUGAAGUACAGACAACUGGAAAUUGUGAGCCGUUGGAUCCUAUCUCAACUGAUGUAUCACCAAGUUGUAAUCCAUCUUCAGCCGCCGAAGUUGUGCAUCAGAACAAUGAUCCGGUUAUAACCACUUUCCAAACAGCGCAGGCUGUGGAACCUUCUACUGUUUUCCAUGAAUCUACUUCUCGAAUAGAAAGAGAUUCGGAAAUCCCGAGAAAUUGCCCUGAUACAAGAUCUUUACAUGGAUCAGUUGCCCGUGAUUCUUCAAGUGCUGACUUGUCUAAUGUUGCAGUGAGUACAACUGAAGUUGCCAAUCCUUCUGAUCCGCUGCUGGGAAUAGAUGCCGACAAUUUUCCUGGAUCUAGCAUGGUUCAGCAUCUUAAUAAUAAUUCGAACUUACCCUUUUUGGCUGCCGAUCCGCUGGAAAAUGAGUUGAAGAAUGUCGGUAAAGAAAUUGAGAAUCUUGACCAAUGCUUCAAGGGCAAGGUGUCGUCCCUGAAAGUCGAGUGUGAGAAGGAAAUACAAGAAACUAUCGCUCAAACACGAAGUAGACAUGACGCCAAAAUUAAGGCUGCUGAAGAGGAUUUUCGAUCGAAAAUGAAGGAUCGACAAAAGAAUCAGAACAAGGUUUACGCAAACAAAGUGUUGGCAGAUGUUAUCAGAAUUCACACAGCUCGCGAAUAUCGUAGUAUUCCAAGAAUAAAACAAGGCACUGCAUUAAGUUCGUCGCACCGACAACAGCUGCGCCCAAAUUCUUCUGCUUGCCAACUGAAUCCAACUUCGCACACAUCAGCGCCACCACGGUCUACCAGCCAAUAUGUCAGCGCCAUUUCUCGAAAUAUUUCAGGUCCUAACCAACAUGCUAUGGCGCAAUCCGGUUUCCAUGCUCCGAGGCCUCCACCGAUCAAUUCAACAGGAAAUCUCCAAUUUCUCGGUCAGAGCCGUUCGCUUGCUCCUCCUCCACCUAACUAUCAAGGUUUUCGACCGGGUACAUCCUCUCUCGUGUAUCCUGCCUCUUUGCCGCGGCUGCAAUCUUCCAUGCCAUUUCAUCCUCCUACAUUAGCAGCGCCAUGGCCACGACCUCCAUGGCCAAGAUUGCCCUACUCUGAUCUGAACCACCGUGCUGCGACUGGAGAUGGAUUAACAACAGCUCUGCAACGUCCAUCUCUCUCGCCUCAAGAUUUGGCUGUCGACAGAGAGCGCCUGAGGCCGGGGGAUCGUGCUUUGCCACCUCUACCGGACAUUAGCUCGACUUUUGGUUCGUUGGAUUCUUCGUUCUUGGAAGCAUUAGGUAAUCAUAACUCUGGUAUGUCAUGGUGACUUAAGACCUUAUAAAAUGAUGUUUAAAUCUCGCUUUAACUGUCCAUAAGUAGACAGGCUUCUAAGAAACCACAGUAGGGAUUAUAUAUAUAUAUAUAGAGAGAGAGAGAGAGAGAGAGAGAGAGAGUAGCUAGUAAAAGGGGAUCAUGCCAGAAACUUUAUUUGGUUUGGUUUGGUUUUGAAGGAAAGGAACUUUGGAAGUAGUUGAGAUUUCUUCUUCUGUGUUGUGGGGUUUUUAGAGCAAAAUAUUUGGUAUGGAUUUAUGCUUGUAAUGGAUUUCGAUACAAAAUGAUGAUAUAGUCCAACCAAGCAAACUGACUGAGGCUUUUUUAAA